ACGCGCUUGGAAGGAGCUUGGGAGCCGCUGGCAUCGCAGGCACCUCGGGUUGAAACGCUGACAGGAGCCAUGAGCUAUUCCACUGGAGCCGACCUGAAGGUCACUGGGAUUGACUUUCUCAAGAGCCAGAACCGCCGGCAGCACCACACGGAUGGGUACAGCACGCAGGAGCUGGUGGUGCGGCGUGGGCAGCCCUUCCUGCUCCAGCUCCGCUUCAGCCGCCCGCUGAGGGCUGCCGACAGGCUGUCGCUGCGCUUCGGCAUCGGCGACAAGCCGAUGAAAACCACGGGGACGCUGAUGUCGCUGAAGCCAAAGCAAGAUCAGGACUUCAGCGGGUGGCAAAUCUCCAUCGUCAAGAACAGUGGCAAUGAGUGCCUGCUGUCUGUCACCAGCUCGCCCAGGUCUCCAGUAGGAAAAUACCACCUGAAUGUGAAGACUGGGCCUAACAUUUAUGAGGCUGCAAAAGAUGCCAUCUACCUUUUGUUCAAUCCUUGGUGUGAAGAUGAUGCUGUUUUCUUGGCUGAUGAGGCACAGAGAAAGGAGUAUGUGCUCAAUGACACUGGCUACAUCUACGUUGGGUCUUCAUACAGCAUAUACGGUAGACCCUGGAAUUUCGGGCAGUUUGAGGAAUUCAUCUUGGAUGCUUGCAUGUAUCUGCUGGACAAAAGCAAACUCAAGCUGAGUGACAGAAGAGAUCCUGUGUCUGUCUCCAGAGCCAUGUCUGCCUUGGUUAAUGCCAACGACGACAGAGGUGUCCUUAUGGGGAACUGGUCAGGGGAGUACAGAAACGGGACCUCCCCUUUGGAUUGGAUCGGGAGCGUCUCCAUUUUGCAGCAGUUCUACAAAACAAAGCUGACAGUCUGUUUUGGUCAAUGCUGGGUCUUCGCAGGAGUCCUCACUACAGUCAUGCGCUGCCUGGGGAUCCCGUCCCGCUGCGUGACCAACUUCAACUCUGCUCACGACACGGAGGAGAACCUGCGAAUCGACACUUACAUCAGCGAGUCGGGAGAAAAGCUCAAGCUCUCCAGCGACUCUGUCUGGAACUUCCAUGUGUGGAGCGACGUGUGGAUGAAGCGGACAGACCUGCCAGCAGGGUUCGAUGGCUGGCAGGCCAUCGAUGCCACCCCUCAGGAGCUAAGCGGAGGUGUUUUCCGGUGCGGCCCGUGCCCGCUGAAGGCCAUCCGAGAAGGGGAUGUGUAUGUGCCCUUUGACAGCAAGUUUGUGUAUGCAGAAGUGAAUGCUGAUGAAGUCUAUUGGCUUGUCAAGAAGGUGAAUGGCAAGAACAAGUACACCAAGGUGAAGACAGAGACCAAAGGCAUCGGCGUCAACAUAAGCACGAAAGCCGUGGGGCAGGACAAGCGGGAAGACAUCACCUGGCAGUACAAGUUCCCUGAAGGCUCCAAAGAGGAAAGGCAGUCCAUGCAGAGAGCUUCCUCCUUCCUGCGCCCUAUGGGAAUGACACCUCGUUCAGCCUUUUCCUCAGUUCUGUCCACAGAUGAAGUAGACUCCAGGGUUGAAGUCCCACGUGAGGUGGUCAGCAAGAGUGGGCUCCAGAUUGAGAUAACCAAGAAAGAAGCUCUGUAUCCUGGAAAUCCCCUUGAGCUGGCCAUCAUUGUGAAGACCUCUACUCCUGGGAGCUGGACCAUCAACCUCGCCGGCUCCUGCCAGCUGCAGUCCUACACUGGGAAAGUUGAGGCCAGCCUCGGAUGUGUCAAGGAGACCAUCAAACUUGAAGGCAAAUCUGAGAUGGAGGUCCCUCUGAAGAUCAAGGCUGAUGACUACAUGAAGGUGCUGCCCUCGGUAGGAGACGAAGUGCUCGUCCAUGUCAACGCCAUUGCUGAGGUCCAGGGCACGGAUGACAAACUCACCAAGGGGACAACAAUGAGCUUCGAGUACCCCCCAAUCACUGUCCAGAUGCCAGAAACAGCUAAACUCAACAAGGAGUUCACCUGUGCCUUCAUCUUCAAGAACAAGCUGAACAUACCCCUGGACAACUGCAAGCUGCUGGUGGAGGGCUUGGGCUUAUUUAAGAUGGCAACAUUUGAUGAAGGGGACGUGCAGCCUGGUAGGAUCAUUAAGUCUGAAGUAAUAUGCACUCCAACAAGACUAGGGGAGAAGAAAAUAGUGGCCAAGCUGACCUCGACCCAGGUUAAAGGGAUCAGUACAGAGAAGGCCAUCACCAUCGUGGAGUAGGCUGGGUGCAAACGGGAGCACCGCUGGGCGUGCAGCACCGCGCUGUGUAAGUCAGAGCAAAGAGCUCAUUAACCUAAGGGAACUCAACUGACUGAAAGGACACCCCUUGUGCUGGUGCCAGUUAAUGGUGGUUCAAUAA